AAAAAAAUGAGGGUAAAUGAAAAAAUAGGGAGAUAAAAGGGAAACGAAGAGGGAGUGAGGGAGAAACGAAAUGGAGCAAAGGGAGAGUGAAAGAAACAAAAAGAACGAAAAAGAUCAAGUAGGAAUGAAAAAAAAUGAAAAAAAUGGAGGGGAUGAAAUGGAGCAAGAGGGAAUUAAAAAAAUGAAAGGAACAAAGGCAAAAGCAAAUGAACAGAUAACAAACCUGUCAACACUUCGUAAAUGUAAAUCCAGAGAAAAUGAAACUGUUAAACAUCAUGAAAUACGCCAUUCAAAAGAUCGAGAAAAUAAACAAAUGAAAAGGUCACCAGAAACACCAGAUCAGCAUGACGUGUGGCUGAGCAGAGAAUGUAAAUGA